CUCCCUCGCUGCGGGGCCGUUGGCUGCGCCCGACGCCACCCGGCAGUAGUUGUGGAGGUCAGCCCCGCCCCCUUCCUCUUUCCCUCGGUCUCUUUCCGGCGGCGGCAGCAGCGGCGAAUUGUGCGGCCAUGGCCAAGAUUAAGGCUCGAGACCUUCGCGGUAAGAAGAAGGAGGAGCUGCUCAAACAGCUGGAAGACCUGAAGGUGGAGCUGUCCCAGCUGCGCGUCGCCAAAGUGACAGGCGGCGCGGCCUCCAAGCUCUCCAAGAUCCGAGUCGUUCGCAAAUCGAUCGCCCGUGUUCUCACAGUCAUUAACCAGACGCAGAAGGAGAACCUCAGGAAAUUCUACAAGGGUAAGAAGUACAAGCCCCUGGAUUUGCGUCCCAAGAAAACACGUGCCAUGCGCCGCCGGCUGAACAAGCACGAGGAGAACCUGAAGACCAAGAAGCAGCAGCGGAAGGAGCGGCUGUACCCGCUGCGGAAAUACGCGGUCAAAGCCUGAGCACCGACGUCAAUAAAACACAGACAAACUGG